AUGGAUCCCAAGUUGGAAAUUCCGGGGGCUGAAAAGCUCCCAACGCUUCCUGCGAUACCGACGCUGUCAACACUUCUAGCACUUCCAAUUGUCGCCAAGGUUUUGAAUCACCCCAGCCUGCAGAACCUCCCAGAUGUCUCCAAUGUUCGAAAAAUUCCCAGAGCUCAAAUCGCAGCUGUCGUAUUUAUCAUUUCAGCUCUAUCACUUAUUAUUCUGAGUCCCUGGAGCUGGGAAAUGGAUGACUCGAGCUGGUCGCAUCACCGUCACAAAUAUCGUGACGAAGACCGUAAAUUCGCCCUCGUCGUGCCCGCCACGUCUCCAAGCCCCGACCUCUGCAAAACCGUCGUCACCGCCCUUGCGCUCGGCUACCCCAGUCCCGUUAUCAUCAACUGGGGAAUCGAUCACCGACUCAUAUCUCAUUGGAACGGUGGUCACAAUUUGCCCAAAAUCCCGGGCAUUGUCGACUACCUCGAUGCAGUUCUGCACCCUGAUGCGCAUCCGUCUGAGAGAUUGAGUGAAGAUGAUAUCAUACUCAUGGUUGACGGCCACGAUGUUUGGUUCCAAUUGCCCGCACAGAUCAUGCUCGAGCGAUAUCACAGGAUCAAUAAGGAGGCCAAUGAGCGGUUGCGUAAGCAAUGGAACAAGAAAGGAAAAAUGCCUAUGCAGCAGACCAUCCUCGUGGCCACUGGUAAGAAGUGCUAUUCCGGUCUGGCGGACAAGGGCAUCAAUAUCCAAUGCGAGAAAUGGCCCGAGAGUCCAGAGCGAAAGGACCUCUACGGUCCUGAUACAGAGAAAGAUGGUGAGCAUUGGCAGACGAACAGGCCGCGAUGGAUCAACGGUGGUGUCUAUAUCGGCCCCGCUGGCGAUAUGCGCCGCUUGUUUCGUCGAUCUCUGUUUACCAUGCAGGCUGGUAUCGGAGAGGGUAUCAAGAUGCACAGUGAACAAGCUCUCACAGGUGAAGUCGUUGUGGAGCAAGAGAUCUUUCGGAAAUUCCAGAGAGAAAAGGGAAGGCCCAGGCGUGGCAUGAGAGACAUGCUGGACAAAAAGCUUGAGUAUGGUAUUGGUCUUGACUACGGUCAACAGAUAUCGAUGCAGACUCAGUGGACUCAAGAUGAUGAAGGUCGCGAUCACGGUGCUUUCGUCACGCUGGGUGAUCAGAAACUCAUCGAUGAACACUCUGCUGCCUUGGGCAUCUCGCCAACGCGCCUAAAAGGUCUACCAGAGGAUAUCAAGAACGCAGAGAACCCACUAGAGCUCAUCCAGCCAGACGCAGACUGGAACAACAUGUCCCUCUACGCCGACUUCUUUCUCGAGACCGUUCCAGUUAUUCUUCACCACAACGGCAUGCACGGACUAAAAAGACGUCGCUCAACAUGGUGGGACAAACCAUGGUACUACCAUCACCUUCGAGAGCUUCUCAAGAUGCAGAUUCAGAAGAAGGGUGAGCCUGAAGAUCCUCUUGCGACAGUCAAGACAGAGAACGGGAGGGUUCGGUAUUGGGGUGUUUCGGCGGAGUAUGAGAGUAGAUAUCCGAGACAGAUGGUUGACAACGCGUUUGGGAGGUUGGAUAAGAUGAAGCUUGGGGAGAUUUGUAGACAUACGAAGAAGGCGCCCCAGGGGCCGAACCAGGAGUGGUGGGAGGAGGUCUUCCGUGAUACUCAAGGGCCUUGGGGCCACUGA